AUGUCUGAACACGAAGACACCUCCCUUGAUACCGGCUACAGCACGCCGGUGCCAGAGUUAGAUGACCACAGACAUCAGUCUCAAGCUCUACCAAAAGCUCGUUCUCGCAGCGGUACUAUCGAUAGUAUGCAAGCCCCAUCUCCUCGAGCUCCACAGAGUCCAGACUUAGCACGUGUAAAUAACACCCUUCUUCAAACAAUCGCAAGAGAUUUUGAGGAAGCCAUCAUCGACGAGGACUCGAGAGGUGUAUCUCCAAUGGCCAUUCGAAUGGCAGAUAGAAGUCGUAGAGGAACCGCAGCCACUGCUGAUAUCCGUUCCCUAUCGCCACCCAGCUCAGUGAAAGCAUUUGCGGAUGCAAGAAGGAGAGAACGAGAAAUGUCCGUUUCGGACCCGAACCCUGGAAAGGCAUUUGCAGAUGCCAGGCGGCUCGAAGAUCAUAAUGCUCUUCAUAGAACAGAAUCACACGCCAGUCACCGAAGCCAUCGUACAUUUCGUAGCAGACGUUACACCAACGAGAACGAUGCAAAGAGCUUCGCAAGUUCGUGCAAGUCGGCAAAGGAAGAUGUUUGCUUCCCUCUACAUGCUUCUCCAACCAAGAACACCCUUCAAAUCAAUUUUGAAACACUCGAGGAUUUUAUUUUGGAGGAGGAAAAUCGUUCCAAGACUCCUGUGAACCACACGCAACCUCGAAUCUUCCACGAUUUGAGAACUAACGGUGCGGUGCCCACGAUUGUUACAUCGGAAGGUACGGUUGUUGAUAUUCCUUCGGGUCCACCAUCAAUCAAUGAGAAGAUGGAUCUAUCUAGCCUCGAAGAACUUACCCGACCAAAGCAAUCGCACCCAGACACUAAUAGGUUUGAAUACUUUUCCUCGCACGGAGUAGAUAGUAUUCACGCAUCGGAAUUUGGUGAUCUCAUCCUGCCAGGAGAAGAUAUAAGAACCCUAUUCACUCCUCCACAAGAAGAAGAACAACAAGGAGAGAGUGUUUGGUGGUUGAAUAUGAACAGCCCGACAGAGGAGGAAGUUCGUGUGAUUUGCGAGGCAUUUGGCGUCCAUCCCUUGACUAUCGAGGAUAUCACAGCUCAAGAAACGCGAGAGAAGAUCGAACUCUUCCCUUCGUACUACUUCGCUUGUUUCCGUUCCUUUAGCGUUGUAGAGAUUGAGGACGGCCAGGAAUACGAUCCAUUCAACAUUUAUGUCAUUGUAUUCCGAGAGGGUCUACUCAGCUUUAGUUUUUCGCCAAACCCACAUGCAGGCAGUGUUCGUAAGCGUAUCACAUUGCUGAAGGAUUAUUUGUCUUUGAACAGCGAUUGGAUUUGCUACGCGCUAAUUGAUCACAUCGUUGAUACCUUCGGCCCUGUUAUCCACAAGAUCGACAAUGAGACAGAUACGAUUGAAGAUCAGGUCUUCAUUGCUCGCAGUGAUGACAUGCAUGCAUUUUUACGAAAAAUCGGCAUGGUUCGAAAGAAUGUUAUGGGUCUGAUGAAACUUCUGGGUGGCAAGGCUGAUGUCUUGAGAGGGUUCACAAAGCGCUGUAAUUCAAAUUACCUCGUCACUCCUCACAUGGAUAUUGGUAUGUAUCUUGGCGAUAUUCAAGAUCACGUUGUCACUAUGAUGACCAGUUUGGGUCACUCUGAGAAGAUGCUCUCAAGAUCGCACAGCAACUACCUCGCACAGCUGUCAAUCGACAACAUCACCCAAGGGAACAACGCAAACAAGGUUCUGAGCAAGAUUACUCUCCUCGCCUCCAUCCUCGUUCCUCUUAACUUGGUAUGUGGUAUGUUUGGUAUGAAUGUUGCUGUUCCUUUCAAGGACGCGAACAGUCUCAUUCCGUUCUUUACAAUUUUAGCUGUAUUGGUGGUUUUCUCUCUUGCUUCCUUGGCCCUUGCAAGACGGUAUAGAUAUAUUUAA